UUGGCUAACCGAAUGGUCUUGAUCUAAUAGUUUGUGACCAUAUGUAAUCCUGGUUGUUUUAUAUUUUCUGCUGGUAAAUAGUUCCUUGUUCAUCAAAUUGAAUUAAAUGAAUCACUAUCAUGGUGGCAGCAGAGGAUAACUUGAUUCCUAGAUGCUCCAACACUGGCCUGGGUGUCUAUAUAAAAUGUAACAUAAAAUCCAGACAUUCUUAUGUAAUUCAUACAGAGUGUAUACUCAUAGGCACUAUUUAAUGAAAAUAAGCCUUGGUAAUAGAAGUAUAAAUCCAGGUUCAGGUAGUUGCUGGCCUAUUCCUUCACUGUAGAGAACUCAGGAAAAGCUGUGGAAGAGAGUGCCCUGGUUUGGGUACUCAACCUGUAAGAUUUUCCCCUUAUUCCCCAACCUAAGGCACAAGGCAGGGGCUUUCUAGGGCCCUUGGGUCCCAACUGAUAAUACCAGCUGUAUGUCUGGUGCUGUGUGAUGUCCUGAAGUUACUGAAGGUAAGAUACAAUUUGGUGAGUAUUUUAAGGACACAUAAACACCCAAUCAGAGAACUGUUUAAUAAGUCUUAUAACAAAAAAAUAUACCAGCUGCUGUGAGAGCACAGAAAACUGAUGACUAUCAGAAGAAAGUCAAAGUUUUCACAAAGAGGUAACAUUUGAACUAAGCCUUGAAAAGCAUGAAUUUGCUUGCUGACUGUCAGAUGAGGGGUGGGGAAAAGGGGCAGGAAAGCCAUUUCAGCCACAGGAACAGUUUGGAUAAGUCACAGAGGUGCAUAGCACAGAGAGGCGGGUUCUGCUCAGCAUAGGACGUGUUAGGGGCAAUGGCAGAUGAUGAGACUAGAGAUGAUAGACAAGGCUCGGAUCAUAAAGGACAGGCUGAAGCAUCUGAACUUUAUCUUGUAGGGAAUGAAGAACUACUAAGGAUUUUAAGAAGUCCUAUUUUGUAACGGAUUAUGAUCCAACCAUUGAGGACUCCUACACAAAGCAGUGCGUGAUUGAUGACCGGGCAGCCCGGCUAGAUAUUCUGGAUACAGCAGGACAAGAAGAGUUUGGAGCUAUGAGAGAACAGUAUAUGAGAACUGGAGAAGGUUUCCUGUUGGUCUUUUCAGUCACAGAUAGAGGCAGUUUUGAAGAAAUCUAUAAGUUUCAAAGACAGAUUCUCAGAGUAAAGGAUCGUGAUGAGUUUCCAAUGAUUUUAAUUGGUAAUAAAGCAGAUCUGGAUCAUCAAAGACAGGUAACACAGGAAGAAGGACAGCAGUUAGCACGACAGCUUAAGGUAACAUACAUGGAGGCGUCAGCAAAGAUUAGGAUGAAUGUAGAUCAAGCUUUCCAUGAACUUGUCCGGGUUAUAAGGAAAUUUCAAGAGCAGGAAUGUCCUCCUUCACCAGAACCAACACGGAAAGAAAAAGACAAGAAAGGCUGCCAUUGUGUCAUUUUCUAAGAAUCCCUUGAAUUUUAGCUACCAACUGCCAGGAAAAGCCCUCGUCUUCUCUUCUUAACGGUUUAUGUCACGUUGGUACCUUUCUAGCCUUAGACAAAUGAUCACCAUGGUAGCCUUAGACCAAGAAGCUGGCUAAUCCUUUCCGUGAAGCUCAUCCUAUGGUCAUUUCAAGACAGAUUUAAAGGAAACACUAAGGCUGCUUCAAAGAUACCUGAUUCCUUUAAAAAAUAUAUCUAUAUACACAGACACAUUCUUUUUUAAGGGCUUUUAUUAGGGAUGAAUCAGUUUUGGAACCUAAGCUGUUUGCCAAGUUGGAGUCAGAGGUUGUAAAAUUACUUUUAACUUCUGGAAUCAUAUUGCCUACUGUUACUCUAUAUAGAAACAUAGGGAGUUUUUUUUAAAUGUGAAUUUUUGCCUGUCUCUAAAAAUUUUGAUGUCAACUUCAGUUAACCUUAAGUACACUGAAUUGAAUCCAUAAAAGUGAGACAUCUCAGAUCUUUACUGAUGCUACAGCCUUUGAUUUCCAGUGGCCAAAAUAAGAAAAUACCUAUUGUAUUUAUAGGUUAAAAACUGUGUGUAAAUCCUUCACUAUUACUCCUAUUCUUAAAGAUAAUAUUCUGUGUGGCCAAAUAUUUGGACUCAUUCUGGACUUAAGCAUUUCAGUGUUCUUGGUUUUUUAAUUUAACUCUUUUCACAGCCAUGUUGAGAGUGAAAAUAAAUAAUUUCUGUCUGUCUUCCUUUUCAAGUAUUUCUGGAUAAGGGAUUCAAAAAACUAAAACUGUUUUUGUUUGUAAUAUAAAAUAGGGAAUUGAUCUUUCCAGGGUCAGAGAUGAUUAAUGUUUUUGCUAUAUACUUUUAUACAUUAUUUUCUUAUCAAACUAGUUAACAAGUAUUUUUAUAUGUUUGUAAGCAAAUAUGCUUUCACAGCAUAACUUGUGUAUAUGUAAAGAUAAGUAUUUAAUUCUCACUGUUCACUUUUAACUGACAAAGAAAACAAAGUGAAAAACUACAGAAACUGUGGUAGAACCUUACUUGCUGUCCUGGUCCUGGUUGUACCCAUCUUUGGCCAGUCACAUAACUACACAAGAAACCUUCCCAAAAGAGUACAACAGGAUGACACUGAACUCACUUCUGAUGUUCCCUACUGGAUUUUGGCUGUUCUAUCAAGUAGUCAGUGGUAAAACUUUUAAUUGACAAUUAGUAUAACUGUGGAUGGCUUCUGUUUUUAAUUCUGUGGAUUGUGUUUAAACAAUUCAAAAAUAUGUUCCUAAUUUUGAGAUACUGAGUGGUAUUGCACAGUUGUCACUUUACUGAACGUGUACAACAGUCCUAUGAAGUCUAUAAGGCUUACCCUUGUAUAGCUUCCGGUGCUAGAAUUAAAAUUGAUCUGUUAUCACAA